AUGAAGCGACUGAAUGUCAAUGUCCUUGGAAUGAGUGAAAUUAAAUGGAAGGAUGAGGGUGACUUUUGGAGCGGAGACUACAGGAUUAUUUUCUCAGGUGACAAACGUAGUACAACUGGAGUGGAGAUAGUUUUGGAUAAGAAGUGGGGAGGAAGAGUGAAAAGUUAUAUGCUGUUCAGUGAUAGAAUAAUUUUGAUCAAGUUGGAGAGUGCAGGGGAACAUAUAGCUAUCAUGCAACUAUAUAUGCCAACAUCUGGAUAUAGUGAUGAGGAUUUAGAGGAGGUAUAUGAACAGAUUGAAGAGGUACUAAACUAUGUGAAAGAUAAUGAGACUUUAAUUAUUCUUGGUGAUUGGAAUGCUGUGGUUGGAGAGGGAAGAGAUGGUGAAGUGAUCGGUGAGUAUGGAUUGGGCAAUAGAAAUGAACGCGGCCAGAGGCUUGUAGAUUUCUGUGUGGAGAAGAACUUUGUAAUCGCUAACACAAUCUUCAAACAGCCCCUUAGACGCCGGUACACAUGGACCCAGCCAGGAGACAUAGCACGAUAUCAAAUAGACUAUAUAAUUUUGAGGAAAAAGCAUAAACGGUACAUCCAGUAA